UCAGCGAGCGAGUGGAGAGGCGGCUUCUGAUACGAACUCCCAAGGCUGCGUGAAAGUGGUGCACGACAUGCUGAUGACUGCAAGCAACUGUGGCAGCAAUUGGCCAUCCGACCAAGAAGACAUAUUUCGCCUCCUGGUGCAUGGGAGAGAACAUUUUGAAAUAUUAAAGAAAAUCAAGGAAAACCUGGAGCUAAUCCGAACGCUGCCCACGGAUGCCAAUGUGUUGCGCAACCUGCAGCAACAACAAUACGUGACGGAAUUGCGUGGCAGGCCGUCCAACCUCAGCCGACACGGCAGCGAGUGUUCACAGGAAGUCUUGGCCGGCAGCCAGGGACCCUCCAGUGCGGGCGAAGGUUCCUCAUCAGGCGUUGCACAGGAUGUUGUGACGGGUGAAGCGAGUGGAUCCAAUGGUCCCCCACGGCCACCGGACGGAGACAACCCACGGGCCCGGCUUGGAACCCUGCCGGACAGCGGCAAGCCUGGCAACGCUCUUUACAACUUCCUGAAACAAAUAGACUGCUUGGAGUUUUUGGAGAAUUUCACUUCACGUGGAUUGUCGAGUGUCCAACAGCUGAUGAACGUCACUCUGCAGGACUUGGAUGAACUGGGAGUCCCAGAAGCCAAAAAGCGACUGCUAUUGAGUGGAAUCGAAGAGCAUGGCGUGUCCACCACGAUCUCCAGCGAGACGACGCUGCAGCGCUCGUCCAGUGAAGAGACAGUCCACCUCAGCUCCGAGGACGACGACGAUGACGGCAUCGACACCAAGGACGGCAUCCGUGCCAAAGUGUUCCCAGCGCUGCGGCCCUCUGGCAGUCAUCUGUCCUCUGUCGGCAAUCGGUAUCGCAAAAGCAGCAUUGCCAAAUACAAUUUGCGAGCGCACGCUCGCCAAGCCGUUGACUUUCCUCGUUCUCGCAGCUGGGGAGGCAGUAGCAGCCUGGAGGUGCCCAGGAGCAAGAUGCCAAGAUUGUCUUCAUGCUCUGACAUCGAAGAAGAAGAGGGGCUGGAGUGA